GCCGCGCGGGCUCGGGCGGCGGGUGGAGCGCAGGUAACGCGGCUCCGGCUCCGCGUGUCCCCGGGCGGGCAGCGGCCUCCGCUCCGAGCGUUCCCUCCUUGCCUUUGCCCUCCCCCGGCUCCAUACCUGCCCGGGCCGGGCCCGCUCCGGGCCGGCGGGGCCGAGGUGGGAUCCCCGUCCCGCGGCGCUCCCGCCAGGCCGCGGCUGGGGAGGCGCUCCGGAAGGGGACGAGCUGCCGUCGCUGCCUUCGCUCAUGAACUGAAGGGCUGCCCUGGAGUGCGGGGAGCAGCGCAGGGCUCAGAAUGCAGCGCAGGGGGAUGCGCAGCAGUACCUGCCGCCUUUUGUCGCACCGCUUGAAUCAGUGCCCCUGUUCUGGGCCUCUGGUUUCCUGAAAGAGCUUUAAACAUCGACCCACUCAAAGCUGGUUAUUGAACUGUCCCACCCGUUGGCCUUUUUAACACUAGAAACAUAUUUUGGAACUGCAUGAAAAGAAACAGCUCUGAAAUAAGAGGUGUUUCGUGUAUGUGUUGUAUUUGGCACACGUUUGCAUGACAAGACACGUUUGCAUGACUGUCUUGACUGCUGCAUUUUGCACGUGCCUUUCACAUUCGUGUAAGAGGUAUUUACAUGUUUUCCAGUGAGAAGACCUUUUGUUUUGCUGUAAAGCACUUUUGUCCGGACUGUUGUGAGUUUCCAGCUAUUAAUGUAAUGUGAGAAGUGGAGAAACUACAAUUAAUUUCAAUACUCUAAUAUUAUUCAAAAUUAUUUUUGGCACUGGGAAGCUGAAUAUUCUUCUCUUUCUGGAGUCAUCCUAUGUAAGAAUUGUCUGAGGCUUUGUAAAACUGUUGCCCAAUAGACUGGAACAUGGAUCCACAGCUAGACCCCAUGAAGGAUGACUUGCCUUUAAUGGCAAACACCAGCUACAUGCUUGUAAAGCACUACGUGUUGGACUUGGAUGUGGAUUUUAAAAGUAAAGUUAUUGAAGGCAGCAUAGUUUUAUUCUUUGAGACUGGGAGCCAGCACAAGAAAACCAGCAGUACUGGCAGAGAAUGCUGCCAGUCAGAGUUUGAUCAGUCCCAUAAAAUGAGGGCAUCUGAACCCUGCCACGUUCCUGUGACAAAUGUGAGUGCCUGUUCAUCUAAAAUGGAAUAUAAUGGUUUUACUGUCAGUGGUGAAGGUGAAGAAGAUACUUCUGAUGAAAAUGGUAACCAUAGCAACAGUGAACAGGCUUCUGGGAUUUCCAGUUCAGAGGACUGCUGUGACAGAGAGAAUCAUGGGAACCAGGAUUUUGUGCUGGUAUUGGACUGCUGUGAUUUAUCUGUGCUAAAGGUUGAAGAGGUAGAUGUUGCUGCUGUGUCAGGCAUUGAACAAUUUACAAGGCCUGCCAAGCUAACUGAUGUUUCAAAGGAGCUGGGAAAUCUCAGGAAUCACAUUGUCCAUGAACUCGUGGCUCUACCUGCAAAGCGCUGGGAGGAACAGCUGUGCUGUUUUACUCACUGCAGCCAGGCACCUGGCUGUGGAGAGCUUCCCUUUGCUACUGGCCCUUGGAGCUUGGAGAUCAGGAAACCAGGAAUUGGGACUCCAGCAGACUUCCCUCAUGCUAUAAGAAUAUGGUACAAAACCAACCCGGGUGGAAGAUCCGUGGCAUGGACCACAGACCAGAGUGGCAGGCCAUGUGUUUAUACGAUGGGAUCACCAAUAAACAACAGAGCCCUUUUCCCGUGCCAAGAGCCGCCCAUUGCCUUGUCAACAUGGCAAGCCUCUGUCCGAGCAGCUGCAGACUUUGUGGUGUUAAUGAGUGGGGAAAACUCAGCAGAACCAGUCCAGCUUCCAGAAGAUAUCUUGAGCUGGUACUACUAUGUGUCUAUGCCAAUGCCAGCAUCCACCUUCACCAUUGCUGUGGGGUGCUGGCAGGAAGUUAAGCAGCAGUCCUUCACAGCUGCUAUUCCAACAAACACUGAGUUUUCAUUGCCAUCUGUACAAGCUGAUUUCAGCUGGCAUGAAGUAAUGUGUGGCCAUGUGGGAUAUCCCUGCCGUUUCCAGAACCCUGCAGUGAGCUGGGAGGCAGUCAUUCCUCACAGAGUCUUCUCUCCCUGCUGCCUCGUGGAGCUCUGCGAGGAACGUUUGCUCCCGCUCAUCCCUCAGUGCCUCUCGGCUGCUUUCUCCACGCUGGGUACCCACCCCUUCUCCAGGCUUGAUGUUUUGAUAGUUCCUUCUAACUUCUCCAGCCUGGGAAUGGCCAGCCCACACAUCAUCUUCCUGUCCCAGAGUGUCCUGCCAGGAGGGAGCCAUCUCUGUGGAACUCGUCUGUGCCAUGAGAUCGCUCAUGCUUGGUUUGGGCUGGCCAUUGGUGCUCGGGACUGGACUGAAGAGUGGAUCAGUGAAGGCUUUGCCACUUUUUUAGAAGAUGUAUUUUGGGCUAGGGCACAACAGCAGCUCUCCCAUGAAGAGGUAAAAGGGCAGCAGGAGCUGAAAGCUUUGCUUCGCUGGCGCCGCCUCAGGGAUGAGGUGCAGAACUCUGAGGAAGAGCUGCAAGUUUUGAGGCCCAACAAGGAGAGCACAGGAGAAUUGAGUGAGUCUGGAGCAUCUGUUGUCAAAUAUGGUCUUAAAGCAGAAAAAAUCUUCAUGCAGGUUCACUAUUUGAAGGGUUAUUUCCUUUUGAGAUCUCUGGCAAGGACAGCAGGAGAGGCCUCAUUCCUUCUGUCUUUGCGAAAAUUUGUCCGUAAGUUCCACGGGCAGCUCGUCCUUUCUCAGGAUUUCCUUUGCAUGCUGUUGGAAGACAUCCCUAAACAAAAAAAAUCCGGGUUAACUGUUGAAAGUAUCUUCCAGAACUGGCUUGACACUUCUGGAAUACCAAAGCCCCUGCUGGAGGAGGUCGAGACGUGGAAGGAGUGUCAGCUCGUCCGGCAAGUGCGCGGCGAGGUCACAAAAUGGAUUCAGACAAACCAGAGGGUCAGAAAAAGCAGCAAAAAGAAAAGAAAACAGGAUGAAGUAAUUUUCCAGAAGCUUCUCCCUGACCAGCUGGUCUUACUUCUGGAGUCUCUGUUGGAGGAGAAGACAUUGUGUCCUAGAACACUGCAGUGCUUGGAGAGAACAUACCAGCUCCGGGAGCAGGAUGCUGAGGUUCGUCAUCGGUGGUGUGAGCUUGUAAUUAAACACAAGUAUGUGCCUGGGUAUGGAGAUGUGGAGAGAUUUCUCAGAGAAGAUCAGGCUAUGGGGGUGUAUCUCUAUGGUGAAUUAAUGGUGAAUGAAGAUGCAAAACAACAAGAACUUGCACAUAAAUGCUUUGCCUCAGCACAGGAACAUAUGGAUGUGUCCUCAGCCAAAGUGGUGGCAGAGAUGUUGUUCUGAAGAGGCAUCUGAAGCUGAUGUGGAAGUGCAGCACAGUCAUGAGAUUAAAAGCACUUAAACACUUACUGGUGGCUUCUACAGGGAAUGACAGUACACAGGGGAAAUUGAAUCUUCAAGCUACCAUUACAAGAUGGUUUGAAAUAAAAAAGCUGAAGUCCUGUUUUCAGAAAACUUAUAGAUAGUAGAAGUCAUGGCAUCAUCAGUCAAAACCAACAAAAGCUGCUUUCUCAUAUGUGAAAUAUUAACAGAACUUCUGACAGUAGCAGACACAUGACAUAUUGCAAGAACCUGUUUUGGAAGCCUCAAAAUAAACUCACAAGCUAAGAAAUAAAAUCAAAGGAUCAAGGAGUGAGUAAACUGUACAUACAGGCUAGCUGGCACAUACCCAUGGGAAAUCUCAAAGGCAGUGUAUUUCAGUAUGUUUGGUCAAGAAUAUGUAAAAACAUAAUCUCUUCAAGAUGUCAGUGUGCAUCUGCAGAAGUUCAAGGGCCUAACAGAUAUUUUUAUGGAAAAGGAUAGAAAAGAGAGGGUCAUUGUUCCUAUCAUCUCACCUAAUCUCAGAGGGGAAAAAGGGUUCUAGCACAGAAGCUGGUGGGGCUCAGUGACAGAGCUUUAAACUAUCUUGGCUGGAGGAAAGGGACAAAAUUUGUAUCACAAGGAAAAACUGUAUCACGAACUUGCCAGAGGAGUGGAUUUCAGCAGGCCCUCAUAUGAAUACUGCUAUGAAUUAAGCGUGGGAUGCCUCUAGCACUACAGUGGUUUAACUACUGGUGUUGCCCAGCAAAACAUGUAGAUUGCAUAAUGAAGUCAUUGCAGACUAUUGGGAAAGUAUAAAAACAUGGAUGCAAACACAUGCUCGGUGUUCUCAUGGAGGACUCCUCCCAGAACAAUCCAGGGGUUGACUUUUUAAAUGUGGGUCUAGUAGGAAACUACACUUCCAUGUUACAAAUUAUCACCUUUCUACACACUUCUUAUAUCACAAGAAAAACUGCAUUUUAAUUAGCAUGGCAUUUUUAGCAUGAAUUACGUAUUCACUUACUACUUAUUCACAGAGAACAUGAGUAUUUUAUUCUGUUGUUAGAGAAUACAGCAACAAAAUGGAGUAAACCUGGUUUAACAGUGUUUGUUUAAUAACUGCAAGUAAUUUUUGCUAGAUGUUUUAUCCUAAACUUGUAUAAUGCUAAUUUGGUAUUGUACCAAGCCAAACACACCACACUAGCAUGAAUUUCAGCUUACCAAAACUAAUAUUAUCUCACUUGCAUCCUCAGGCUGUUUAUUAACACCUCCCUGCAAUGUGUUACAGUGUCACAAUGCUGUGAGUACAGAAACUUAAUCACAAACCCUAGAAGUAACUGAUUAACAUGUUACUGCUGGUCAGCUAAACUGCAGUAUCUGACAAGAUACCUGUUCCUAUAAUACAUCACAAAAUAAAAUGUGUUCUGCAUUGUACUGGCACUGUACUGAGAUAUGGAUUAAAUGAAAGCCAUAGACGUGGUCUUUUUUUUUUUUCCCCCUGAAGAAAAUCCACAGAAAUCACCUGGCCCCAUGCUGGCAAGGUUGCAGAAUUCAAAAAGCUGUAACUUAGCAGCCUUAGACUGGAAAGAAGCAUAAUCAACAGGAAGUAAAAUUUACUGUCUGUGUUCUUAUUCAAAGCAAUGCCUUGAAGCAGAAGGAUUUUGAACAGUUCUCUGUGCUCAGUGCACAUCCACAACCAGGGUGUGACCUGGAGACAGAAGGCCAGGGAAUGAGCUACUGGAAGCCUGAUUUCAGAACUCGUUGGCUGGUUCAGCAUAAAAGUACAACCCUGAGGGCUCCAAGGAACAUUUACAGAAAGCAGCAAUUACAGAGGAGAAGAUGCACAUUGGAUGGGCAAUGCAGGAGCCAUGACAUGAGAAAUCCUCCAUUACUCAGAUCUACCAAAUCACCGCUGCCUUCCACUGGCAAACUAAAAAAAGUAGCUUCAACAUCCCACAAAAUCACAGCUUCUAUCAAAGUUAGAUCGUAAUUCAAGCACUGUGAAAGAGCAAGGAAAAAGAAAAACCAAAGAUUUAGAACAGCAAUGCUAAAUAGAGCAAGAAGAAUGCCAGUACACAUGUAUCUGUUUUAAGUUACAGACAGCAUCAAUUAGGUUUCUUCCUUAAAGCGUCCUGAAACGAGCAAACUCUCCUUAUAAUAUUUAAAUCAUGCAGUAUUUCUUAAGAAGCCAAACACAGGAAAAUGAGAAUGCACCAAUUCACUACUGAUUUUGGGUUUUUACUGCAUUCACUGCACAUUUCCUUCCUCUUGAAUUGACUUAUCCCUAUUUAUCAGGAUAUUGAUUUUUAUAUAAGAAUGUUAGAAGAAUUUUCAUGCAUUUUUUGGUGGAAAAAUAAAAGACAGUACAGUGAAAAGACACAAAAAUUCCCCUCCAAAAAGUGUAAUACAUAUCUAAAUAUAAUACUCAUAUCAUCCACCUAACUAAUGUGCAAGAAUCAUGUAUUGCAAUUCUUUGCCAAUCCUUCUAAGUAGUUAAUAUUAUAUACAGGCAUACUAUGGAGAACAGAUAACCAAAGAGCCCCACAUCCAACAACCAGAUUAGAAAUUAAACAAACAAAAGAAAAAUCAUUGUUCCUUUGAAUUAAAAUUUUAGAUUAUUUAUCAUUCUAGGUUGAGACUCCACAAGUGUUUCCACUAGACAAAUACCUCAGAGUUUGUGAUCAACAAAUAAUUUAGCAGAAUCCCAAUGCUUUUCAGGUAUGGUGUUCAGGGAACAGAAAACCAGGUUGCUUGAUUUUGCUUUUUUAGAUAUGUAUGGCUAUCAAGAACAGAAAAAUUGCAACAUAUCCUUUCUGAAUUUUCAUUUUGAAUCAAAGGGAAAAACCCCCCUUCCUUCACAAACACACAUUAUUUUACUUCACUAUUAGCGAAGUAAAAGUACUUGCUUUUACUUCACUAGCAAACCCAUUGAGAGGGCAUGUAACUCCUGUGGGAUGACUCACUAAGAACAAAAUUGUAAGAAAUCAGUCAACAGCAUUACAGAAAAUAUCUUUCCACAGCCAAGGGACACUAAGUACAUUGUUUUUCUUUUCCCUUGCUCAAAAACAAAUGUUACAUUCAAAAAGCUGUAUUAAUUCAAGAUACAUGACUGAUUUUAUAUGCAAAAACAGUUUUCCAAGUAGUAUCUUUGAACACAGCACAAGUUUUGGCAUCAAACCUAAGUAACACACUAGAACAAACUACUGAGGAAAGUUGUGAUCCUCUGUUAUUACUAUUCUGCAUGCUUAUUUUUCUGAUUAAGCUAGGAACAGGUUCACAAAACUUCUUGGGACAAAUACUUCCCCAAAGGUAAAAAAGUAAGCCAUUGCUCCCUGUUUGUGCUCUUUGUAGGAGACAAAAAACCUAAACAAAGAAGGAAGCAAACUACCUCUAGACACAAAAAUGAAAGCAAUGAUUUGCACCCAUAUGCUCCUUUUAGGAAAUUUGGCCCUCAAACUGGAAAACGUCCUUAUGUGUCUGUUGUGCUUGCCCUAUUUUGUCUGAAUAAAAGAAAAGAUUCCUUGAAUGACCAACAAUAACAUCAGUCAUGGCACACUGUUAAGUGGGCUCUAUUCCAAGCAAUCUUUACCUGCAGUAUCUGCUGACAAAGACCAGCUAUUGGAAUAGUACUUUGCAGUGAACACUCUCCUGUGGAAUCUGCAGUACUGAAAAAAACACAUUUAGCAAAUCUGGAAGAAGUUUCAUUUUGGAAACAUUUUCAGAAAGAAGGAAAGAGUUCAGUUAAUGUCGCUGACUUCCUGAGAACGUGGAGUACCUUCACCAUGAAUCACUCGAGACCAUCGUGGGUUUCAUAAAAGCAAAAUUAUACAACAAAACAUUUUAGGAACAACUUACCAAUCAAGCAAUUGGAUAUGGUUUGCUUAAAAAAACCCCCACAUCUGGGGGGUUUGGGAGAAAAACUGAUCCUCAGCCUGAUAAGCAACAAGGAGAUGAGUGAACUGCUUUAACUGAUGUAGGUCUCAUGUUACAGGUGUUCAGAACAAAAUUUUCAACUAUUAUGUUUCAAAAGAUUAAUAUUUCCAAACAACAGGUUAUUUUAAUAUAUAGAUGAGGGAAUAGGAAAUUGGGAGAUAUGCUUAUGUAUGUGUCUUUCUACCCUUAGCAACCUGCGGUGCAAGAUGCUAAUGGAAUUCUGACAGUAAUAAAUAUAGAUAAAGAUCUGAUUUGUUGGCUUGAUAAAUAGAUGAUAUUAAAAAUCUAAACUUUCAAUGUAAAUUUUUGAAGAAGUUCAUUCAGCAGCUUGACAGUCUUCUGGUUUCCUUCUCCAUGAUGUUUAAAUCUGUAUGCAGUACGGAGAAGAAGGCUAUAAACUUCCUUGCUUGUAUCAGUUGUCUCAGUAAUCUGAAGGAAAACAGAGAAGACGGGACAUAGUGCAAUUAUGUUGCUAAAUACUAAAAAUUCUCCAUUAAUAUUUACAACAAAACCACAGAUUUGUCCCUCACCACUGAACAUGUGAGAAGCAACUUCUGCCCAAGGCAUCUCUUUUCAUUCACCUUAGUGGAACUGAGCAACUUUGAGAUUUUCUACUGUUCUCUCAAGUUUAAGUGAAACAAAUCAAGAGGUCAGAAACUAUUUAAAGGAAACACAAAUGGAUAGACAGUGUAAGUUAUCUCCAGAGAAAACAACUAAAAACACAUGAAGGUUCAGCGUGUGUUUGGGGAGACAAUUCAAUUCCGUAAAGCUUUCAAACGUAAAAAUAAAUCCCUCCCCCAGAAGAUGACAGAAUACCAGGGAAAGAUCCUAAGCUGCAAUUUUUGCAGAUCAGGAGGGACUUUACUCCUUGUUAUUUGCUGUGUUAAACCUGAAGUUUACUAUGCUAACCAAAACACAGCCAUGCCCCCCAAAUUAGUUCAACGCCAUUCUGCCUUUCAUAUAUUGCCUUCAGUCCUUUUCAAAUCACAUGGAGAGCCUUGCUACACAUUAAUGAUUAUACAGAUACAGUCAAAGUUAAUUAGACUGACAAACUCUGGCCUACAAGAGCUCACAACCACCCUGCACUCAGUUUCAAAAGUUAUGUUGCUUUCUAUGAAGAAGCAAGAGAUUGCCUUUGGUCUUUCUGAAGAGGUUUAAAGUCACAGGCUAGUACUUUACAGCAUCACAGCUCAACAGCUGCACUACUCGAGAAACUAGAAAUAGCAGAGUGUAAAUAUACAUAUCCCUCCCCCCAAUUUUAUCACUAUAUUCUUAUGCUAAGAAAAAAGUUGUUCAUUUUUAAACUUGCACCUAAAAUGUGAGAAUUAUCUUAGCCCUUCCUAAACAGAGAAAUGUUUUGUCUGUUUACUCAGACAGCUGUAUCAUAAAAUCAGAUGCCUUACACAUGCCAUAUACCCUAUAAAGAUAGAAGAGCACUCUGCUGCUGAAAGGAAAACCCUUUGGAAGUGUUAAAACUACACGCUGGCCCUAGACAUGCUUGCAUAGGAGUCGUGAACUUCUUCAAAGAAUAUAGUUUUAUAGUUAAGAAAGAAUUCUUAAUCUCACACUGAGAUAGCACUAUCUUAAGAGACACAAACACAUUUUGAAGUUUGCACCAAUAUUCCUGAAGGCUGUCAUCAGCAACAAGAAGAUACUGUGGCAAGCUUCCAACCUUUUACUCCUCUUCAGCUUUUUUCACACCCUAAGAGACACUGUCUGAGCUCUUCGUUCUUUCCUUCUCUCUCAGUUACCACACUGUUCUCAUUGGCUUUGCUAAAGCACCAGGUUUCUCUCACAUCAAUGCUAACACCUAGUAACCACCUGUUCUACCUAAUGGAAAACAGUGAGAAGACAGUUUCAUCAUCUCUGCAGUAGCUGGAUAAUUUAGGGAGUGAUUUAUAAUUGGAGAAACAACAUGUUUGCACAUGCUAUCUUGCUAUAUGUAAAUGAACUGCAACCUACUAUUUCAACUAUUUCUUCAUCUGUAUAGUCAGGACAGCAACCUUUUCAGUAAGAUCUUAUCAAGAAGUGAAUGGAAAACAUAUUGACUGUAGCUGAGGUAGAUUUGUAGCAGGUUGGGUAUAGCUGCUGUAGUCGUGGUCUUCUGUAAUUCUCUGUGUUUUCUGUAUUGAAAGGUAGAAACUUAAAUCCAAAAUAGUAAGAUAUAUAACCUGAAAAAACAGAAAGAAGAAACACUCACAUGGUAAAUACAUUCCUGGGCAACCAAAUGUCCACCAGAUGAAAAGAGCAAAAAGUUGGUCAGAAGAUGUGUCAUGAGAUGCUGGUUCCAGCACUGCUCUGUCCCCAUUAUCCUGUGCACAGCAGCCUCCAGAUCUCUGAGAGAAAGGUCUGUACAGCUGAAGAGCAUCAUUAGAUGAUUGUAGACUGCUUGAACUUCUACCUGUAGGAAAUAAUUUCAAAGGAUGCAAGAUCCUUUGGGAUCUUGCAAGAUUCCUUUGGGAAGAGUAAAGGUCAAAUCUGUGGUAUUUUUCUUUUGGAUUUAUUCACUGAAAGGAAACUGAAUCCUUGGCAGAAACUAUCCAAACAUGAAAAGAGUUUGAAUUUAGCUGGGAAAACAGGGAAGGAAGGGCUGUACACAUUUCUUUUAUACUGAAUCACAUACAGAGAGGUGGACAGAAUGUUUUUUUUAUUUUCUUUGGUAUUACAAAUGAAGCAGACAGGCAUCAAGCCAGGAUUUUACCUUUUUUAAUAAUUUAAGGAAAUGGAGAAAAUCCCUCAGCAGAACAUGGUCAGAUUUUUGCAUUGUGGGAAAAAGAACAGAGGCUCCUCAAGGGCUCAUUUCAGCAUUGCUGCUAUAAAUCACUUAAAUCCUCAUGCAACCUGACCUCAGCUGAUAAAAUGUUCUGGUAAGAAUGAAGUUUUUUCCUUCUUCCUGUGUUAUUUGCAACUUAUGUUUUUAUGUUGUGAGUUAGCCAAUAAAACCUAAUUUUUAAUGACAGUAGGAAAAAGAAGAUUUUGGCACCUACAUAAUGGAAAAAACCUAUAAGCAACUACUGCAAAAAAUCCUAACAAUAAUUCUGUUCACUGUAUUAAAAAUGAACCAAACAAACUUGUAGAACAAACACGAGUGAUUGCUGGAGCAAUGGAAAAACACACCACUGCAUAUCCAAAGGAAAAGGACACCUGUUUCUCAACUAUAUUCAUUGGGACAAUUUGUUUCAGACAUUGACCCACCCCUUUAAUAAUUUCACAUCAAACAGUCUGAAAAAGCUGCUAUUCUUGAAUUAAGUAAGUGCACAAAUAAUACCAGAAUCUACAGAAAGAUAACUGGAAUUCAGGAUUCUUCAUCCCCCUGUGCAUCCUGUGUGCCAGCAACUGCAGAUGGAUGGCAGAGCUCACGUACCCCAGGAGUCUCAUUCUUAGUGCCAACCUCCAAGUAUUGUUCCUUCAACCUUUUAGAACCUAAAGCUAUAAAAGGACUCCAGCAAAUUCAUUGAGAAGCCGAGUAUUUAGUCCUGCACAUAUGAGUGAAGUCUAGUGAACAGCAGAAGUAGUUCCUGUGCCACCUUAAUCCUUAACUGGUGAGUGGUGCAGGGGUUCAGGUGGAAACCACUUCAUGUGACAGAGCUGAGAGCUAACCUGCCAAAGCACAAAUUAAAAAAAAAAGCAAACAGCUAACUAUAGGCAGAGGCUUUGCAUGAACUGUGGGAAUGCCUCUGAAGUGGCCUGACCUAUGGGGGGGGAAAAAAAAAGGUCUUAGUUCAAGUACCUAAGAAAAGAAUGAUAAUGAACUGAAAUAUCAGAUCUGUGGGAAAAGAUGAGUAACUGCAUGGGUUGUCAGUAGAAAAGCUCCUUUCUCACUAAAGUUUGUCAUAUGUUAUGACAGAAUAACAAACUGAUAGAAUAGGGGACAGCCAGGGAAAUUAUUUCCUAUAUGGGACAAAGGGAUUUCAUUCUUUAGGGCUGGAGUUAGAACAAUAUUCCACACACUGAUCUGCACCUGUAGUGCUUCCAUUUCAUCCACUCAUGUUUAUUGCUUCCAUAUUGCCUUCCUUCCUAAAACUGCAUUCUAAAGCCAACCCUGACUCCUUUACUUCACCAUAGCUCUAACAAAACUCUACUCAGCCAACAUCCCAGACAAUAAGAAACUCAAGAGAAAAAAAAAUUUACAAGUGAUUGAUUGGGAUAUGAUCUUGUGUUUGUAGUGCCAUCUGGGUGGUGAGAGGGGAAGGAAAGGAAAUAAAAUAUUGCAUAAUACACUGUUGUACAUGGACCAUUAAACAUAAAAUUAAAACAUAUUUUACUA